CAGCGGCAGCAGCUCCGCCCCGCUGCGGGGCUGGCAGAGGCGGCUCCGUUCGGCGCUGUGACGCCGGCGGCGCCGGAACACCUGGAGGAGUGGUGGCAGUGCCUUCAGCUCGGCCCUGCCCUCCCGUUCGCAACGGGCAAGUGUCUGAAGAAAACAAGAAACAUGGAAGGUCAUAAGUACAAUUAUCCAAGGGAAUUUUAUGACCAAUAUGCUCAAAGCCAAGAAAAAUCUGUGGUCAAUAAAAUGCAACAAAAAUACUGGAAAACAAAACAAACCCUUAUAAAAGUUACAGGAAAAAAAGAAGAUGAACAUGUUGUGGCUUCAGAUGCAGAUCUGGAUGCAAAACUUGAGCUGUUCCAUUCUAUUCAGAGAACAUGUAUGGAGCUGCUGAAAGCAAUUGAACUGUAUCAAAAAAGGAUUUGUUUUCUUUCUCAGGAAGAAAAUGAAUUGGGGAAAUUUCUUCGGUUGCAGGGCUCUCAGGAUAAAACGAGAGCAGGAAAAAUGAUGCAAGCCACAGGAAAAGCUCUCUGCUUUUCUUCUCAGCAAAGAUUAGCACUGCGUACACCUUUAAGUAGAUUAUACCAAGAAGUGGAGACUUUCAGGUACAGGGCCAUCUCAGACACUUCUCUGACAGUAAACCGAAUGGAACAGUAUCGGACGGAAUAUAGAGGAGCUCUACUCUGGAUGAAAGAUGUGUCUCAGGAGCUGGAUCCAGAUCUUUAUAAGCAGAUGGAAAAGUUCAGGAAGGUUCAAGCUCAAGUGCGACAUGCAAAACUCAACUUUGACAAACUGAAAACUGAUGUCUGUCAAAAAGUGGAUCUUUUGGGAGCGAGCAGAUGCAACCUCCUUUCUCAUGUGUUAACAACAUAUCAGAUAACACUUCUUCAUUUUUGGGAAAAAACUUCACACACGAUGGCAGCCAUCCAUGAAAGUUUCAAAGGUUAUCAGCCAUAUGAAUUCACUAUGUUAAAGAUUCAGGAUACACACAGUACCUUCCCAUUACACUGCAGUUGCCAAGGUUUUGUCAAUAGUUGUGUCAGGAAAAAAGAGACUGAAGAAGUAAAGAAGCAGUGUAUGAGGAAUAAUCAUAGCUUACAAGAUCCUGUGAAUAAACUAACAGAAAAAGCAGAAAAGGAGGACCUGCAGAUUGAGAGCACCAAAUCAGUACAAGAUCAGCAGAGUCAGUUGAUUUCAUUAGAUGACGAGAGCCAUACCAAGGAAUCAAGCUACUCAGCUGACGAUGGCAAGGAUGUCGCAUCUACGUUACAAGAAAAUCGUACCCACAAGCAGAACUCAGGUGCCAUAGAUGACUUACUAGACCUGCAAGCUGAAGGAAAUGCUUCAAAGAAUCAGUUUGUGAGGUCCUUGGAGUCAGAAUCUGGUGAUAAUAUGGUGUUACUGAAUGAGAUUCUCAACGCUUCCUCCCCAGACGAUGGGGAAUUUAGCAAAGAGUGGACAGCUGUUUUUGGACAGGUUACACUUGCUGAUCUCACCAUGAACUCUUCAGCUGGAGAUAUGGAAAGUACUUCAUCAUCUGUGGCCCCAACACCAUCAGGCUACUUGCCGUCGCAACUGUUAGACCAAAACAUGAAUGACUUGCAGUCAUCUUUACAUGGAUGGGCAGCUAACAGUGUGAGCCCGCCAUCUAUACCACAGCCAGCACAGAAACCAAACAGCCUGAAUGUGAAUGCUAACAAGACACCCCCCUUGAGAGAACCUACAAAGAAUCCUAAAGAUUUGACUGCCUGGUUCAGUCUCUUUGCUGACCUUGACCCGUUAUCCAAUCCUGAUGCUGUUGGGAAAACUGAUAAGGAACAUGAAUUGCUUAAUGCAUGACUCAGCUGCCUAUGGUAACUCACAUUCUUCCAUUCAUCAACACUAUUUUGGAGUUUUAAAAAGAAUAAAAAUAAAUAAGUGAAAAUUAGUAUGCUGUUGUGAAACUAUGAAGUAUGUGCCAUGAUAAUAAAACUAAAGGGAAUGAAUCCCCUUUUAUAUAGGUACAGUUAUUUGCUCUCGUUUUGUAUGGAGUUCGCAUUUAUUUUCUACGUGGAUUUACAAGAAUUAGGGCAGGUUUCUUGCCAAAUUAGAUUAUCAGCUGAAACACUGUCUUUGCCUGAGGUGAGGCAAAGCUAACACUGGAGUGAAAUACAAAUUGAAGACCUAUUUUUUUAUAAUGUUUCUUCAGUAAAUAAAAACAUGUAACUGGGAAGGCUGCAUGAGUCAGACAUCUAUCAUGUAUAUAAAAUAUAUAUCAAUGCUCUGUUAAAAUGCCAACUAAAUUUGUUUUGUUAGUACUUGCAGUGAAAAACCUGUGCCAGGGCUAAUUAUUGAAGAAAUGCAGUUGGGUCCAUGCAGCCAUGGAAAUUGCACCCUUUAUGAUUUAAGUUAUUAGACAAACUGCACUACAUAAAUAGAAGUCAUGCCCAGCAGGCUUCUUUUCUGAAGUUCUCUCCAUUGCACCAACAGAAUUUAUACCUGUUUGCAGAAGUUUCUGACAACUGAUGCUUUACCAUGCUUUCAAAACAUUCAUAUUUCUGUUGGGAGUAUUUUUCAUCCACUUUCUUUCUGAAGCAUGCGUUAUUUUGAGCUUGCUGUGACAUUAACUCUUUAAUAAAAUGAUUUUGACAAAAAGG